GUCACCGUCCAUCGUUUAGGGUCCUUUCCGCUGCUUGUGUCUCUCUAGGGUAGCCAAGUAGCUGCAAAUGUGAAAUAAAUCGAACAAAGUUUGAUAAAUCGUCAGUAGAACCAAGCUGUUGAAGAACUUUGGAUACUUUUUCGUCCAGCGAUGAAUCUCGAGCUGCUCGAAUCUUUCGGGCAGAAUUAUCCAGAGGAGGCAGAUGGCACUCUGGACUGUAUCAGCAUGGCUCUCACUUGCACCUUUAAUCGCUGGGGCACCCUGCUAGCUGUGGGCUGCAACGAUGGUCGCAUUGUGAUCUGGGACUUCCUCACGCGAGGAAUCGCUAAAAUCAUCAGUGCACACAUACAUCCAGUCUGCUCUCUAUGCUGGAGUCGAGACGGCCACAAGCUGGUGAGUGCCUCUACAGACAACAUUGUCUCCCAGUGGGACGUCUUGACUGGAGACUGUGACCAGAGGUUCCGCUUUCCUUCACCCAUUCUGAAACUGCAGUGUCAUCCUCGAGACAUGGACAAGGUGCUUGUGUGUCCCAUGAAGUCCGCCCCGGUUCUGCUGACUCUGUCAGACUCCAAACACGUUGUCCUGCCUGUGGACGAUGACUCGGACCUGAACGUGGUAGCAGCUUUCGACCGACGAGGAGAAUAUAUUUACACUGGGAAUGCCAAAGGAAAGAUUCUCGUGUUGAACACAGAUAGUCAGGAGCUGGUGGCAUCCUUCAGAGUAACGACCGGCACCAGCAACACCACUGCCAUCAAGUCCAUUGAAUUUGCCCGCAAGGGCAGCUGUUUCCUUAUAAACACGGCAGACCGGAUAAUUCGGGUUUAUGAUGGCAGAGAAAUCCUGACCUGUGGUCGCGACGGAGAGCCUGAACCCAUGCAGAAGCUCCAGGACCUGGUCAACAGGACUCCGUGGAAGCGCUGCUGUUUCUCUGGUGACGGUGAGUACAUCGUUGCUGGUUCAGCCCGGCAGCACGCCCUCUACAUCUGGGAGAAAAGCAUCGGAAACCUGGUGAAGAUUCUUCAUGGAACAAGAGGGGAGCUGCUGCUGGAUGUGGCAUGGCAUCCUGUUCGACCCAUCAUUGCCUCCAUCUCCAGUGGAGUCGUAUCCAUCUGGGCUCAGAACCAAGUGGAGAACUGGAGUGCCUUUGCUCCAGACUUUAAGGAGCUGGAUGAGAACGUGGAGUACGAGGAGCGAGAGUCCGAGUUUGAUAUUGAGGAUGAAGACAGGAGUGAACCUGAGCAGACAGGUGCAGAUGCUGCUGAGGAUGAAGAGGUGGACGUGACGACUGUUGAUCCCAUCGUCGCUUUUUGCAGCAGUGAUGAAGAGCUGGAGGACAACAAGGCUCUUCUGUAUCUUCCCAUUGCUCCUGAGGUGGAGGACCCGGAGGAAAACCCCUUUGGUCCUCCACCAGACGCCUCGGUCCAGGCUGGAGCUCCAGAAGACACACUGGCUGGAGGAGACAAGAAGCAGCGUCAACCUUUGUCUGAGGGAGGUCCAGCCAAGAAGAAGGCCAGGACCACCACCAUCGAACUGCAGGGGGUUCCCAGUGAUGAGCUGCACCCCCUCCUGGGUGUGAAGGGGGACAGCAAAUCCAAGAAGAAGACCGCAGGCCGACCUAAAGGCUCCAAAGGUAAAGACAAAGACUUCUCCUUCCGGCCCAAGCCUUACAGGGGUGAGCGGCCCUCCUUCCCUGUGAUGCCCGAGGCUCUGGGCGGCUCUGGGCUGGGAGGAGGAGCAGGAGGAGGCGGAGGUGGAGGGAUGAAGGGCAGGGCAGAGGGGACCCUGGCCUCAGGAGUUCUGAUCUCACAGUCGUACAAACAGCAUGACAUCGGAGGGAUGGACUGACCAUGGCGAUGUGUAAAUUUGUGUAAAUAGUUUUUACAGACACACGUGUCAUGUUAUGUUCAGGUUUUAUUUGGUCCAGUCCACAGGCUGUCCCCCACUCCAGACAGACAGGACCAGCACCAGAACCUCCUCAGCUGUCUCUGUAGAGAACCCACUUUCUGCUCUUAUGUCAGGUUGUUUUUCUACAUAUUAAAUUGUUGUGAUUUAUAAACAACCAACAGCAUUUUGUUUUUUAUUCUGAGCCGAACGAGAGAAACCAGGUUUCCAGUCCAGGACCUCUGAACUAGCCUCUCCCUUUUUUCUAAACCUUUGUGUCCUUCUCCAGACUUCACCUUGCGGAGAAAACUCAUUUCGGUCGCUUUUAUCUAUUGUGCUGUCCUCACUCCUAGUUUCCUAGUUUUCACCAGCUAGACAGCGAGAUAACGAUGCUCCAAUAAACAGACUUGAAUUGA